CGGUCGUAUAAUCGAUAAGAACAGUGAAUCGUCUCGUGUACAAAACGAACUGCGCCCAUUUCAAUCGAUUUGUGGAAUUCAGGAGUUAAGGAGAAGCAGGGAUGACGAGGGCGCUUCGGCGCAGAAAUAUUGGAAGACACAGAAAGGUGGCCUAGUGGAAUAGCGCAUGGACAUGAGGGAACACCCGUAUUCUCGUGGAGAAUGUGUAUGCAUUAUGGGACGAUCAUUCUGCUGGUGUUUCUGAAUACAGGAACAUCGGUGAAAGAUUGUACGGGCAGAUGUGUAGAGUGUAGGAAAGGGGUGUGUCAGUGGUGCUUGGAACAGUGGUACAACCACUCCUGUGAGUAUGAGUGUGGUCACUGCAACACUGGGGGAUGCAACUGGAGGACGGGGUACUGCAAGACCAGCUGUUCCCCGGAACACUGCGGCCAAGGUUGUUCGUGCAAAGAGGAAAUACCGGAUGCAAACUAUCGAAAGAAUAUAAGUGACAGCAUUCCAAAUAAUAUCAUCGUUGCAUUUGUCAUUGGAAUCGUAUUUCUAGUAUUCAUUGUGUUCAUAUUCUGUGGAUAUAACAAAUGCCCAGAAAAAGACGAUGUGACGCCGAGGACUAAUCGCAAUACCUCAAGAACAGCGCGUCGUACAGCCUCAAGUACAACAGGCAGUCCCUCUGUCAUGUCGUACCCUAGCAACGGUCGUAGUGACGUCACUUCCCCUUUGUAUCCUUACGCUCCUGGUUCACAAAGCACAUACCGGAGUAAUAUGGCUUCGGACGUCAUGUGUCAACCGAUUGGAACAGCGGGAAGACACACCACUAUGACGUUUUCGUCUGAUAACCCUCCUCCUCCAUACGGGUCUCUUUCCCCAGCUGGAAUCCCCCCUCCCACCUCGGAAGGAUCAGCACCGCCCACCUACGAAUCUCUUUUUCCUGCUAAGAACUUACCAGACCCAAGGUGAUCUUAAUCUGACUCUGAAUGCUUGUCUUCGGAAUGUGCUUAACGCUGAUUGGUGCAGCUGCAGCUAUUCGGAUCAUCUCGGCGUAUACCGCUACCUACUUAAUACCUUGGUAGCUGUGGAGUAGUGAUGUAUUCACUGUAAUCCGUUUUCCGCCAGAUCCCGCCUCAUAAAGUUCGUAUACAUUGUUGACCAAUUUUGAAAAUUUCCUAUUGUAUGCUUAACAGGAAAUUAUGUAUACAUUUUGUAGAUAACCCUUCAUCUACAAUAUGUAUACAUCAUUUCUGUUUAUACAGAAUACACUUUGCAAAAUUGACAUCUUGUUACCAUUGCCGCCAGAUUGUGUGGUGUAAUGUGAUAGUCACGUGAACGAAACUAUGGCUUCCUACCAGUGCUGGCUGAGCUGGAUUCAGGCGAUUCAGGUGCAUACGCUUCUCAUAACCGACAUGAGGUUAACGAGAUAAUGCUGACAAUGAACAUUUUGUACAUUCACGUAAUAUGUAUUGCAUUUUUAUAUGCACAGUUCUACCGAUACUACAUUUAUUGUUCCGAAAGCUGGAUUUAUAUUUGAAUCUUACACAUUUCGUUGAUUAACGUGUAUUCUGUAGUUGCGUGAUAUCGUAAAUCGUAUGUGAUGUAUGACAAGUGUGCCAUUGCUUAAAUUACGUACUUUUACACCUUCCGAUGAUCUUUACAAUCUGAACAAUCGUUGAAACUGUUUGUUUCUAGAUAUGGAAAUAUAACAUUUACAUCAGUGUUAGACUGCUAAUAUACCAUGAAUACACAUAGCGAUGGUUGAACUGGUGGAGUAGCAGGAUACUUAAUAGGAAAGAAACACUCUUGUGGUCAUCAAUGGGGUGGUUGUCAUAUCGUUUGGUUGUGGUUUCUGAUUUUGUAUUUUCAGAACUAUUGUAUGAUAUUUGUUUUCAUACCAUCAUAAGUGUGCGUGACACCGAGGGUUUUGGUAUUAUUUUACGGAAAGAGACAUUGUUUUAAUUCCCUUGAUGUUUUCCAUAUUCUAUUACCAAAGUUAAUGUUAAAGCUUAAGCUAUUGUGGUCAUGUCCGAAAUAAACACGUAACAGUGAUGUCUUGAUAUACAGCUGUGAUAUAUAUCACGUAUGUUGUGUCUGAUACAAAUCAGCAAUAUUGAUUUUUAUCACAUAUAUGGUAUCUGAUAAACAUAAUCAAUAUUGAUGUUUAUCACAUGUAUUGCAUGUGUACAUUGUGUUUGACGUGCAUCAACACAUAUGAUGCAAUACAGAUGCUUUGUAUAUGCUAUGCAGCAACACGCCUCAUGUGUUUCACAUGCAGUACAGAUGCAGGGCAUAUGUUGUGUUUGAUGUGCAUCAACACACAUGAUGCAAUACAGAUGCUUUGUAUAUGGUGUAUAUGCUAUGCAGCAACACGCCUCAUGUGUUUCACAUGCAAUACAGAUGCAGGGCAUAUGUUGUGUUUGAUGUGCAUCAACACACAUGAUGCAAUACAGAUGCUUUGUAUAUGGUGUAUAUGCUAUGCAGCAACACGCCUCAUGUGUUUCACAUGCAAUACAGAUGCAGGGCAUAUGUUGUGUUUGAUGUGCAUCAACACACAUAAUGUGUUUCAUUAGCAGUACAGAUGCAGAGCAUAUGUUGCUUAUUAUUCUAUCUUGCCGUUGGUAUACAUCACAAACCUACCAAGCUAUACAUGACCAUUCGUUAUGAGAUCAUAUGGCUGUACACUUUCCUAUCGCGAACACAUACAUCGCCAAUGCUACCUACGUUCCAUCAAGCGUGGUGUUCCUGUAAACUAUAAUUAUCACACCUCGUCUUCGAAAAUUAUGGUCAGGGUACUGUAGGUAUCAGGUAGCAAACGUUGAUCUUAGAAGAUCCGUGUCACUCGUGUGAUGUACCGUGUAAGAUCUCCAAUUCAACAGUACUAUAUCCUGCAUUAAUGAGUAUAACAUAAAAUGAAUAUUUGAGUUGGUGCUAUUCGACACACAAAGACUACAUAUGUCCACGGCCUGCUCCUGGCAUGGACCAGUAGGAGGCAUUCUAACAAAUGUACACCAAUCAUCCCAUUACAACUUCCUAUACUUCCCACAUUAUGAAAGCAUAGUCACGUAGUCUGAGGAUCUGUUUGUUAUUAUGAUUGUGCAAUCUCCAAGAUUUACGAUGCAUGUCUAUAUGAAAUUACCCAAAUGUCUUCAUGCUCUUAUGUUCAAAACUGUACUUUCCAGAAACGUUGGUAUCCCAUGUGCUGUGUUCAAUGUCUUCCUGGCGAAUACCGAGCAAGCUGAAUGUCAGAGUGGCGCACUCCCACAAUGCAGACACGUUUAUUGAUUCUAAGAUGAUCCAUAGACUUUGUGUUUACGAAUUGAAUCUGCACAUCGGGCAUAUGCGCAUGAACGGCGUACCUUUAUUCAUAAACCAUAUUAUCGAACUCCCAUGUUUGUGUAAACGUCACAGCAAAAAAAAGUGUAGGUUUCCGUCUUCCGGAAACCUUCCGGAUAGCUUCCCAUUUUGGAUCCGGCCCGGAUACCUUCUGGAAACCUUCCGGAAAUCUUCCAGAUACCUUCAGCAACCAUCAAAUUUCUUGGUAUUUUCCAGAUAUUUUUUAUGUGUUUCACACUUAAAUAAACAAAAUGCACCCCCCGAAUUUUGACAUUUUUUUGGAAGUUUUCCGGAAGGUAUCCGGGCCGGAUCCAAAAUGGGAAGGUAUCCGGAAGGUUUCCAGAAGACGGAAGCCUACACUUUUUUGCUGUGCGUCUAUGGCUCUCUCCCUGGUGUCACUCGUUCAAUACAUUCAUUAUUUCACACCCUCACUUGCUCAUCAUUACCGGCAUUUUCUUACCGUACGAUAUACAUGUACGUUACGUCAGUCGCUUGGUGGGUUGGAGUGGACACGAUAAUACAUGUACAGGCAAUGGUACACACUAUGCGUGAGAAUGUAGACUUGUCAAUUUCGCCUACCCGUUUUCCUCAUUGAAUGUGCCAAUGAAUAAUAUUUCAAACAAGAAACAACAAUCAUAUACUCAAGGGUUUUUUGUUUGAUGUUUUUAUUGUUUACUACUGGUGUUUGAAUGGUUUUGUUUAUAUCUAUUGUUUAUUUGUCGUUAUUUUGGGGAUAUCCAUAUUUCCCUUUUUGUUAUAAUCUGUCAGUGAUGUCUACGAUCUGUUCUCAUUCUGACGAGGGACCAAUGUGCACAAAAUGAUCGAUAUGAUUAAAUUGACGUUGCUUACUUAUUUAUUGUAUUUUUAAACGCACUUUUUACAUUUAUCUUUUGAAAUAAAAUAUUACCAAUAUU